GGGGCCCGCGGCAGCGGGAAGAUGGCGGCGGGCGGCGGCGGCGGCGGCGGGCCGGGAGCGGGGCCCGGCGGAGGCCCCGGAGCCCGCAGGGGCAGCGCGGGCCGGGACGCGGAGGCCGAGGUUUGGUGCCGGCGGGUGCGGGAGCUGGUGAGCGCGGUUCCCGCCAACCGGCUCUGCUUCGAAUGCGGCCAGCGCGGCGUCACCUACGUGGACAUCAGCGUGGGGAGCCUCGUGUGCACCGGCUGCUCGGGCGCGCUGCGGGGACUGAACCCCCCGCACCGCGUCAAGUCCAUCUCCAUGACGACGUUCAGCGAGGCCGAGGUGCUGUUCCUGCAGGCGCACGGCAACGAGGCCUGCAGGAGGGUCUGGCUCGGCACCUUCGACCCCCGGACGUCGCUGCUCCCCGACUCCCGCGACCCGCAGAAGGUGAAGGAGUUCCUGCAGGAGAAAUACGAGAAGAAGCGAUGGUACGUGGCGCCAGAGCAGGUGAAAGAACAAGGGAAGCCCCCCCGAGGCGCCGCAGCAGAGCCCCCCCAGCUCCUCCGUGGGGACGCAGGGACGCUGCCACAGGUGGGACCGGCCCCGUCUGGGGGGGCCCAGGGGGAGCGGCACCCCCUGACCCUGCGGUGCCCCCCCAGUGCCCUCCCCGGCCAGCCCCAAAGGCCGGCGCCGACCUCCUGGCUGACAUCGGGGGGGACCCCUUCGCCAGCCCUGUGCCCGCCUUCGCUGCCUUCCCUGGCCCAGCCCCAGCCCGGCCUGCCUUCCCCAGCUUCAACGCCUUUGGAAGCGGCCCUGCAGCACCCACCUUUGAGGGAGCAGUGCCCCCCUUCCACAUCCCCCCCACCCCCACAGGAGGUGUGGCUGCACAGGGCGUGGCCACCCCUGUCCCGCCCACAGGGGGAGGAGCUUCUGUCAGCCUCUUCGGGACCCUCCGGGACCCCCCAGUGCUGCCCCAGGGGGGCUAUACCAACCCCUUCACAGCCCCCGUGGCCCCCAGACCCUCCACCAACCCCUUCGAGAGCAGCGGUGCUGCUUUCACCUCGCCCCCUGUUCCUGGGGGCUUCCCCAGCCCCUUCCAGGCCGAUGGGCUGCCUUUCGCUGCGUUCAGCGUUGCCAAAGCUUCCACCAACCCCUUCCUGCCGGUCCCGGCCCCGACGGCGCCGCUGGGCAUCAGGCACCGCGCCACCAACCCCUUCCUAUGACUGCAGCUGCACCGCUCCUCCGCCGGGACCAGGUUUUGUUUUUGUUCCGAGACGUUUAUCGCGGUAUCUAAUCUAUAUUCGGUAGAAACGGCGCCGGUCCCGCCGCGUCCUCCCCUCACGGCGCUGCCCUCACUAAAGAUGGCGGCCUCCCCUCACGGCGCUGCCCCCGGUAAAGAUGGCGGCCGCGGGAGAAGCCUCCCCUCAGGGCUUUGCCCUCAUUAAA